CAUGGAAUACAAAACAUCUCUACACUGUCAGUACACACUAUGAUAUUGAUACACAUGGUCUGCAGCUAUUCUCUUUAGAGAAGUGGAUAGCUGGCAUAACCUACAUCCACUGUAGGCUACAUCCAGUGGAUGUAGACUAUCCACUUCUUUAAAGAGAAUAGGUCUGUACAGCUAAACCAUCCCCAAACUGUUUGAAACAAGUUUACUUCGAGUUCUAUUUUUAUAUUUAAAAUUCCCCAACCGUCACGACUGGCGAGUGAUCUGUUUUUAAAAAUAAUUUUAGUACCCGGACUAAAGGUUUGAAUUAACACCAAACAGUCUACCAAACAUGACGCUUCUGGUUGACGAAGAGGGGGGACAAGUGACGUCCCUGGAGGAAAUAUCAGUACUAGAAACGAGGGUCCCAGGAAAACUGAAAAUACAUCGGAGAGGAUGCCGAAAUUUCGUCAUCAUGUCUGCGGCUGUGUCCGUGUUGAUGUUUCUUGCCAGUUUAGCCGUUCUGAUUUACGUAAUGAAUCUCCUGAAAACCCCGCCCUUUGGGACUAAUCAACAAGAAGGAGGAAUCGUUGCAUCCACCCAAACUGAUCGCGGUUUCCAAAACAGUUCACUUACCGGGGACUUUCCGGUGUCUUUCUUGGUUUUAAACAUAACCUGUUUGGAAGAUGAACAAGAGAUCUUGAGAUGGAAAAGCUACAGAAAUCAGACGAGAUCUAGAGGGGGGUUGCGGUACUCGGAAGGAUUCUUUGAAAUUCCGAGGAGCGGGUUCUACGAUAUUCAUUCCAUGCUAAGCUUCGAGACGUACCUCCAGCAAGGCAUGGGCGAUAUAACGAUUUAUAACUGCAUUGUGACGUCAUCGGGGGUGGUCUUGCGAUGUAACCGAAUGCGGCAUAAGAAGGGAUGGGCGGGGCAGAGUGAAAUUUUCGUGUUGUCGCGAUGGUUGGAGAAGGGGGAGAAAAUUGGCGCCACGCUGACACCAACGGCAUCAAAAACUCUGGUUCACGGAAACCCAACGGAAAAUGUUUUUGAAAUCCGACUAGUUAGAUAGCAAAUACUGUGGUAUGCAGACUUCAGUUUGUUACCUAUAACUCAGUCUGAUUAAAACCAGCCCCCCUUCUCCUAUCGUCGUCGAUAGGAGAAGGGGGGCUGGUUUUAAUCAGACUGACGACGAUAGGAGAAGGGGGGCUGGUUUUAAUCAGACUGCCUAUAACUCUAAAUGACAUUGGAACGACUGUGCAUCAUACAAGUAUAUCUAUUUACAGGACUACAGUACAGGCCUAUUGAUAUGUGAAUUCAAUAAAAAUAACAUUUCAAAAAGUACUAGUCUGGUUUGAUUAACCAAAUAUUUUUAGACUGGAAAUGGAUAUUCCACAGUUCUCAUCAUAUUUGCCGAAUGUCCUACUUAUUCUUGUAUCCUUAGCGUGUAGCCGUAAGUCAAAAUUAGAUUGAUAAAUGUGUUUCAUUUUAUCAUUAUCAGAAACCUAUAUAAUUAUGCUCAACAUCUUUUUGAAGAAUUGCUGUAUACAUACAGGGCGAGUACCCGACUCUCUCGUCCCCUUUCUGUAAAAAGAGAAAACAAAUUGAUAGAAAGAAUUUUAUUGCGAAUUCAGGUAUCCAUUUUGUUUCCGUUUAUAACAGCUGAUCAAUCAUACCAAGUUUAAAUUUUCUUCUCUUUUUAUCAUACACACAGUCAAAAGGGUUUAGUUUCUCUAUCUCCCUAAAGGUGUCAGUGGGCUAGCUUCUACCUUUCUCAUCCGCAGCCUCUAUGUCAUAUUAUGAUAUUAACUAAUAUGAAUUUAAAUUGUUAAGAGAAAAGAGCACCUUGUAAGAAAUAAACGUGAUUAAAACCUCUCAUUGCAUGAACACACAAGUACUCAGUAAGCAGUCCCCUGAGUAUGGGAGCAUAAUCCAUCGUAAUCAUUUUAUCUGAUGACAAUGUAUAUCAUGAAAAUUGAAUAUCUUUUAAACCAAUAAAAAGUGGCCUAAUAAACCAUGUCUUAAGUUAAAUGGUUGAACGAAUAUACAUGUACAUUGCUUGUAGAGCUUAAAACGGACUGUUUAAAUAAAUCCAAAAAGAAAGCAGACAAUUUGUCGUGAUCAUUUAUGAAAUUAUCGGGAGAAAUAUAUUAUCCUAUAUAGUUUAUGAACUGUGUGAAUAUGGGGUCUCGGACUUGUUGCUAUCUUCUUAUACAGCUGCUUUAUUUUGUGGAUCUUGAAGGUGUCCUGGCAAUCACCUGCAAGACGUACUAUUCCUCCAACAGUAGUUUGUUUUACUAUGAGUACUGCUCGGUGGGAUGUUGUGGAAGUGAACGAAGUUUCAAAUGCUGCUCCUCAGAAAAUACAGGAGCCAUUAUAGGCGGUGUGGUUGGGGCUCUGUUGUUCUUCCUCGUGGUGGCAGCAGUGGCAUUCAUGUCUUGGCAAAGCAGCAAGAAGAAAACUCAGCUUGUAGACGUAGAACCCCAAAUAGAUGAGUUCGGUUAUGAAUUAGAGGCCAUGGGUGACCUGCGCACUUGUCAUCCCGGAGCCGAGGCCUAUUCGUCCCCCAUCUCCCCAAGUCACCUUCAGGAGGACUUUCACCAAAGAAUUGAUCACACAGACAUGGCCUCUGGAGAACACGAAUGCCCCCCACCAGUAUAUGAAGAUCAUAUGCCACCCAUGUCUCCACCGCCCUCGUACCAGGAAAGAGAGACCACGUCCGUGUCGGAGAAACGUUACUGAGUCUUGUGAUGGUGGGGUGGAGUUUAGGGAGGGGGUAAAAGUGGUGGGUGAUGGGUGGUAGGAAUCGAGUAAGCAGUGGGAAUGUGUAUUUUGCGUAAGAACAAUCGCUGGCAUUCUAAUCCUGGGGAGGGGUUGUUUUACGUCCCUUCAAGAAUAUUUCUCUCACAUUGAAACAUUACCAACUGUUGGUGAAGUACCACAAAUUUAGACCUACACUUGACGCUUAUGGUCGUAGCAGUGAGGUUCUUUAACGUGCUAACUCUUGACGCGACACGGUAGUUAUAUCUGGUUAUAUCCGCAAGACCCGUGAUUCAUAUCCGCAAGACCCGUGAUUCUCACUUCUAAAUGCCAAGCGUUUGGUGAAGGAACAAUCACUAUCUCUGUUUUCGUCUUAGAUUACAAGCGGCCAUGGCACGAGAGCUCAAAUUCACGACCUCCCUGUUGCGAAGCGAACGCUCUACCACUAAACUACCGCGACCGGUUGAGAUGGUAUUAGGUGCAUAAAAUGACUAACACAAUUAUCUGAAUAUUUGUCGAUGUUAAUGACAUACGAGUAAAAAAUCAGUAAUUUAAGUUACUUUCUUUGCUAUAUAUAGUAGUAAGAAUACGGCGAAAUUAUGUUGGAUUUUUAAAAUUUUUGCUAUUUCAAUAAAUUAGGGUACCCGAUAUUAAUGAUCAGCCCACCUAGCCCGAGAAACUUUUAAAGUAAGUCGGCAAGGUAUCCCAGACAGGGCCGUAAAUUACAUGGAGGCGGAGGAGGCAGCUGCCUCCUCCAACUUUUGAGCCAAAAAAAAAUUAAAAUUUAAAGUUCAUUAGAAUUUAUGUUGUUUCCAAUAACUAAGAACAUGAUACCUCCCUUAAAAAGCAUUCCAAAUCUUUCUUUUAGAAUGAGUUAGUCAAGUAACAUCUUAGAAGGCCCUAGAAUCAAGGAUUUUGCACGAAACGUGUUCGGUGUGCACAAAAUGUGCUCAGCGUCUGAGGGCCUGGGCGGCCCCCAGACCCCCGCCUAAUUUCCUGCCUCCUCCAAAUUGAAGGUUAAUUUACGGCCCUGCCAGACGAAAUCAAAAUUGGUGGUUAGUUGCAAGCCUUGUUGACAUUGUAGUGUAGAGAUAUGAUAUAAAUUUAUAAAUCGUUAUUUUAGCUGCAGAUGUUUAGCUCUCUGAAAAAGAAACUGGGACAGAACAGAGAGCUACAGAUCCACCCCUAUAAAACACUUCGAUUUACAUCGGUUUUUUUCCUGCUCGCAUUUGUUCUCUCGCGAUUUUACCCAGAGAGCAACAGAUCAGUAGCUAUCGUCGUUUACCAAAUGAAUUGGGGAGCACUAUGACACCCGUGAUGUGGAUGGGCACUGAAUGCCACGUUGAUAGGGGUACAUGUAGAUGUAAAUGGAAGAAUUCAAGACUGAAAACGAUGAUGUAGCGAUUUCACAGCUGAAGUCCAAUGUUGUUUUAUUUAAGUCUGUAUAAAUGUAUUAUAUGAAUAAUUGUCUGCCUUUUGUGCCUUAUUAAACUAAUGGUAC